AAAGGAUGACUCAUCACUCAAACCCAAAAAAAAAAAAAAAAAACAGUUGUAACGGUAAAACCAACCAAUGAAUCCUUAUGGUUUGACUUCAAUUCCUUACCCUCAUCUCUCUCCAAUCACAAAUCCUACAACCAUGGAUCAUGAACCUCCCACCCCCACCGUCAAUGAAUCCAAACCCCCCAAACCCGAUAACUUGACUGCCACUUCAACCCCUAACCCUAACCCUAAUCCAGACCCAACCCCCAAACCAUCAUCCGAUGAAACCCACUCAUCAGAAUACGCACCAUACCCUAAGCUUGACCCAAACGACGUCGUUCCACCGCCUGACCCCCUUCUCUCUCCUCCUGCUCCUUCCUCUGCCACCACCAUGCCGAAUGAAUCCAACCCUUAUGUGUCUGCCGCUCCUGCUCCCACAUCAUCUUCCAAAAAAGCGGUGGAUACGGUGAAGGAUGUGCUGGGGAAAUGGGGGAAGAAGGCUGCUGAUGCUUCUACUAAGGCGCAGGAUCUUGCUGGCAAUAUGUGGCAGCAUUUGAAAACAAACCCUAGUGUUGCUGAUGCUGCUGUUGCAAGAAUUACUCAACAAACAAAAGUUAUUGCUGAAGGUGGUUAUGAAAAGGUCUUCAAGCAAACUUUUGAGACUCUUCCAGAGGAGCAACUUAAGAAGUGGUUUGCUUGCUACCUCUCAACAUCUGCUGGUCCAGUCGUGGGAACUCUAUAUCUGUCAACUGUAAAGCUUGCAUUCUGCAGUGACAAUCCUCUUUCAUACACAAACGGUGACAAAACUGAAUGGAGCUACUACAAGGUGGUUAUUCCAUUGGAUCAGUUGAAAGCAGUUAACCCUUCAACUAGCAAAAUAAACUCGGCUGAGAAAUACAUUCAGAUAAUCUCAGUUGACAACCACGAGUUUUGGUUCAUGGGGUUUGUUUACUAUGACAAUGCUGUGAAGUAUCUGCAAGAAGUGUUGCAGGGACAAAACUCAUAGUUGAUGCCAAACAAAUGAUUGUUCAGAGAAGAUAAUUUAUUGUAGAUAAACGCUUUUGCAAAAUUUGUUAUUUUCUAAGACAGGAAAUUUGUACAUAAUGUACUGCUGGUGGGGUUUGUUAUGUUAUGGGGUUUGAUAUGUUUGUACACUUCAUGUUACGGGGUUUGUUAUGUUUGUACAAUCGAUAUGAUGUUAUUGCUCUAUUGAUUGUUAGAACCUUGAUUAUCUUGUUUUUCAAAGAUGGAUGUAGCGAUUGUUUAUAGUACUCAUUGGUUGUAUUUAUUGGUGAUUCAUGCAAUAUGUAAUAAAAUUAAUCGUGUUUUGUUUUA